CCCGGGACUUGCUUUCAGGAACAAUGUUCCCUUCAUGGAGCUCAAGGGACUGGACCUCCAAAGACUAGCAUCUGUUCAACCCCAGCUGCAAUUCUAUCAGGAAGCUAGGAUUAAGACUGCCGUAUUCAUGGGGUGCAUGGCCGGAGAGAUUGAGCUAGGCUUCUCCAAUGAUACUACUCAAGUGAACUGGGAAAUGGAGAUGAGAAAAUGGAUGCCGGAAAAUUUCCCCGAUCAGCAAGCGCCAUAUCAAGAUCUUCCCCCUCCACCCGAUCACCAAACGCAUGCAUCAUCGUCUUCCUCAUCGCUGCGAUCACUAUCCACGGAUAACAGCCUCGAGCCCUCGCCUUUCCUAUUCAACAUCCCAAGCACAUCUUAUCACCAGGAGCCACCGAAACAGCCUCUAAUUCAUGAACAAGCAUUCAGACCAACAUCAAGUUCAGUAUUGAUGAGUCCACUUCACCAAGCCAUUCAAUCCUUCAAUCAAACCAGAAACUUCCCAUUCCCAACCCCGGAAACCGAAGACGAUGCAAUCACAAAAGCCAUACUCGCAGUCCUUUCCUCUCCUUCUCCUUCUGCUUCUCCUUCUGCUUCUUCUCCGCAACCAAGUGUUGCUCAAAAUUUCCCAUAUUUUAGCCGAAACGCUACCAGUGCUUUUAACCGAUACAGUCCAGGUUUCGCCCAUUCUAGUUCAACCCCAAUGAUAGCAAGAGUUAGGAGGUCAAGCAUGUUGAAAAGAGCAAUAUCUUUUUUUAGGUCAUUGAGUUCGAUGAGAAACCAAGGAAGGGUACAAGUGCAUGGGGGGAGCAGGCCAACAGAGAACCAGUUGUACCAUAUGAUAUCAGAGAGAAAAAGGAGAGAGAAACUCAAUGAGAGCUUUCAAGCCUUGAGAUCACUCCUUCCUCCUGGAACAAAGAAAGACAAAGCGUCAGUGCUUUCAGGCACGUCCGAGUACUUGAACUCUUUGAGAUCUCAAGUUGUGGAGCUCACUAGAAGGAACCAGGUUCUGGAGACACAGCUUUUGCCUAAAACAAAACCACGCGACGAUCAAGAAGGGAGUACUGAUGAGUCCUCAUAUCGAAGGCUAGAUGUUAAGGUUGUGAAUGUGGUGGCAGCUGAAUCGUCGUCGUCGUCGGGAGCUCGAAUCGUCGACUUAUUCGUGGUGGUGAGAGGUGGCGGCUGUGACGUUUUGGAUUUGGUGAUCGGAAUAUUGGAGUUCUUGAAGAAGGAUGAGAGGGUCGGCUUCAUCUCUGUGGAAGCAGAUACGAAGGUGGAGGAAUCAAUUUCUGUCAAUCGGGUUGUAUCGAGAUUGAAAAUUGAGGGAAGUGAAUGGGACGAGUCGACCUUCCAAGAAGCUGUGGGGAAGGUGGUUGCUGACCUGGCAAAGUGACAAGUAGACCUUUCCACCACACAACACGUGUACUACACCUUUAGAGGAGCAAUCGUACGCUGCGGCGGCGCUAAGUCACGGUCUGUUCAGAAUAUCCAACCGCCAUUCGCGGCCGUCUGAUAGUAGAAGUCCUUGUAUGGAUCGUUGAUUUCUGCUUAAUUGAUUAGUUUUGCAGAUUUUACAAUUUUGAUAGUGAUGAGAAGAAACGUUGUAUACUUUGCAUCUUAUGAAUCAUGUUCAACGAAUGCAGGGUACCGUUUCGCCGUGUUUUGGAUCUGGAAUUUGGACGGGGGGAUUU